AUGAAAGCAACAUUGAGAUACUUAGCAGGAAUUGCAGGACCAAAUGGUUUUGGCUCAAACUCAACUGCUGAACAUGCAAGGAAUGCAAGAGUAACUAUGAAUGCAGUUCAUCCUGGUAUUGUGAAGACAAGAAUUAUUAACAAGGGCUUAAUAACAGAUUCCUUAUUUUUCAUUGCAUCAAAUUUACUCAAAUCUACAUCACAGGGUGCAUCAACAACAUGUUAUGUGGCUUUGAGUCCAAAAACAGAAGGAGUAAGUGGAAAAUACUUUACAGAUUGUAAUGAGAGUAAGUGUUCUCGCUUAGCAAAUGAUGAAUUAGAAGCUCAGAAGUUAUGGAACAACACUCAUGCCUUGCUUCAAAAACGACUGCAUCUAGCAGCAAUUUGA